AGGAUCAAAUCAUGAAUUACUUCAGCAGGCAGCGAUGGUCACAAAAGCUUACAAGUAUAAUUUUGGCCGUUCGUCCGUGGUCUUUCUCGGCGUCCAUAACAAGUACUUUGCUUGGACUUUGCCUCGUGUGGAAAGAAAAUAAAAGUAUCGACAUUAUCCAAGCGAUCUUUACCAUCGCGACAGUUUUAUUUAUUCACGGCGCUGGGAAUUUGGUGAACACUUACUAUGACUUUAUCAACGGUUUUGAUACAAAGGAUUCUGACGAUAAAACUCUGGUCGAUAAAUUGCUUUCACCAAAUGAUCUUGUCGCUUGUAUCACGGAGUUCUAUGUAAUGGGAAUCGUGUGCUUUAUUGCCAUUUAUCUCCGCUCAGAUGAAGACACUGUGCCUUUGAUUGCACUGUUUCUAUGCGGUGUGCUGAGUUCGUUUAUUUACACCGGAGGAAUCGGCUUAAAAUACAUGGCACUUGGUGAUAUCCUGAUCUUUCUUACGUUUGGUGCUCUGACUACGGUGUUCACUUACCUAAUUCAAACCGGUGAAAUUUCAUUCGGAAUUAUUGCCUAUGCAUUACCCUUGGCACUGAACACAGAAGCCAUUCUACACGGGAACAACACACGUGAUCUGGAGAGUGAUAAAUCAUCAGGAGCUGUGACAUUGGCCAUUCUACUUGGCAAGCAGUAUGCUUGCGUUCUGUACUGCUUACUUCUGAUUGGUCCAUAUGUUGUACUGUGUAUCCUGGCCUUGAGUUCUUCUUGGACUCUACUAUUCCCUUUCGUAACGGCCCCACUGGCUGUUCAUUUCUCGUCUCUAUGUCUCCAUGGAGAUAUGAUCAUGAUUCCUCAAAAAACCGCUCAGCUCAAUCUCCUGUUUGGCUUACUUUACUUGACUGGGCUGAUUAUUUCAUAAUGAAUUGUUGAUUGAUACAAUAUGUUGAGAUGUAACUUGUUGUGCGGUUGAACAUACUAAUUCCCUGAAGCUCACUUUCACAAAGCGCAAUUAAGAUUGCUGUUGAACUUGCCUUUACCCAGCUGAUUGCUUCGGACAUGCGCCUAAGUGCCCUCUUUGAACGUACAGUGACCACGAGGUUGUUUCAGCCGUAUUUUCGAAUCCACUCUACGAUCGUCUCGAGGAUGGGGAAGAAACGUGGCAAUCGAGCCUGCUGAGCAAAUCUUAUCGAGCCCGCCACAAUACAGUUCGUCACCUUUCAGUUAGCUUUAUUGGGAUUUUUUUUCUCGGGCUUUUGAUUAUGUAAAGGCUGAGACAUCUGUAAUGAGUUUCUUAUCUUGGUGUCAUGAUACAAUUUAUCAUACAAUGCAUCGUUGGUUGCCUUUCACAACAACAUAUAAUAGUAUAACAAUGUCAGGCGUCUGAGUCAGUGGAGUGACGGCAAUAGAACUGUGAUAUUCUUAACCAGAAGUUCUACACCAGUUUGCUCCCUGACAACAACUCGGUUACCUACAACCGCCGACAAAUUGUUGACACAUUGACCUUUUAAACCCCCUUUCACUUCAAAUGAUCUCUUUAGCCCUCGUUAAGUCAAACUAUACGUCCCUCCCCCCUCCCCCCCCAAAACAAAAAAAAAGGAAAAGAAAACAAUGUUGUAUCGUGAUUCCAUGAACUUUUAUUUACAUACUGGAAACAUUGAAUAGAGGAGGGUGAUUAGGACCGUGGUAGAAACAGGAGUGACCUUCUACACGUAAAUAAGACUCGGCAAACAUGAUGUGUCAACUAAGUCAACGCUGAUUGUAGUCUCAAAUCUUAGAAAUACCGAAUGGCGGCACAAUGAAAUGGUAUAAAUGGCCAGAAAUAAAGAUCCACGGAGGAAUGAAUUAAUAAAUAACUGAAAUUAAGGGAAAUUUGCUACUAAAGCUAAUAAAAUAGCUACGAUUCAUUUGCUUCCA